ACAAUGCAAAUUGAAACCACCAUCACCACCACAACAUAUAACAAUUAAUUAAAUAAGCAUGGAAUCAGUUGCUGCUACAUGUGUUCUUAUGAUUUUAGUGACCUCAGUAACUAAUUCUGAGGCUACAAUUUCAUCAUGCAGUGAUGUGAUUAAGAACCUAAAGCCUUGUGUGAAUUACUUGAUGAGUGGAAGUGGUAAACCACCAGGACCAUGUUGCUCUGGCGUUAAAGCUCUUGCAGCUGCUGCAGCAACCUCUGCUGAUAAGAAAACUGCAUGCAACUGCAUCAAAUCCACUUCCAAGAGUCUCAACAUUAAUUCACAACUGGCUCAGGCUCUCCCUGGAAACUGUGGAAUAUCACUUCCCAUCUCUGUUUCCCCCAAUGCUGAUUGCUCCAAGGUUGGUUGAAAGUUGAAAAUUGGAAUUGGAGAGCGAUGCAGGGAAUGCUGAACAUUAUUCUGCUACUUAUAUAUAAUUAAAAUGGCGUAUUUUGAAAUAAACUGGAAUCUACCUAUGUGGAUUUCUUUAUUAUUA